AUGUUGAAGAUCGGGCGAGUUGAGGAGUUUGAGUACGAAGGCAGACACUGGCCGGGAUUAAUUCCAGGACCUCAAUACGUGGUGACGAGUACGAAGCGCCACAUUGAUGCUUACGAAGGAUCCCGAAUUUCAUCUUUGCACAUGAAGCAGAAAAACAGUGUCCUGUUACAGCAGGCGAUCGAGCUGCAAAGAAAUCAAAGGUCUAAA